AUGAAUCCCAUGAAUGACCCAUUCACUGAGUCUCAUGGUCAGAGGUCUGGGCUCUUUGCAAAUGGGGGAGCUUCCCACCCUCUUACAGGGCCAACGACCCCUCAGAGAAAUAUUCUUUUCCUCUCAAAUCACACCCCAACCCGAGAUCCUUUUGCACCGCUCCUAAGUCCACACAACCUGCGAGUCCUCCUCUCAGAAUCUGAGCGUCUCAGAAUGUCUCUCAAGCAAGAUCUAGCUACCGCUGAGGAGGAACUAGAGUCUGCUCAGGAGAACAUGGUCUCGACUAAACAGGAUCUAGCGACUGCCCAGGAAGAGAUGAAGCUACGAUAUGACCAAAUCAAGUUUCGAGACGGUCAGAUCAAGAUAAGAGACAACGAGAUCAAGGUUCGAGACGAGGAGAUCUCAAAACUUCAGAGUGAGAUCCAUAGACUCAGGGUGCAUAUCGAGAAACAGGACGUUACUAUCAGAACCCAAUCUCGAACGAUCCAAGAUCCUAGAUCGUUGCGUCAACGUCGUAUGGAGGAGACCUCAAUCUCUCUAUCUGCCACCGCACAACCUUGGUCCCCACAGAAUAUCCAGUCACUUGUUGGUCCUACACAAUCACUCUCGCUUGGGGCACCACAACAGUUCGCUUCUAAUGGCAGUGACAAUGCUCAGUAUUCUUCUCCUUACGGUCACACUGGUCCAGGGCCACAAAUGUCAUACAAAAUGUCCUAUCCAGUCGAACCAACCGCCCCGCCCAUGCAAUUCGAUUUGAAGGGCACUGUUGCAGGUGCAAGUCUGCAGGGACUUUUUCAUCCGACCCCAUCUGCUAGAGGACCAAAUCAAAUGAACAUGAACACACAGGACACCAUGCACCUGACAACUUUCAAUACACCAGGGGGAAUCUCAAGUGUAUAUGGGGGUGGUGCCACGGCGUAUGCAGGUAUUGAGUUUGAGGCCAAGGUUUCAGACUUUGGUGGACGCUUUCGCUCUCUGUGGGGAAAGAUUGAUCAAUUUGGCAGAAUCUAUGUCAUAAAUGGUGAGUUACGUCCUGAGAAGGUUCCAGCACCCUUGAAAGAGUACAUGAUGCUCGAUCCCAACACCGCUGUCGCUGUCCAAUAUCUUAACCACGCGAUGACCAAGCCCUUGUGUGUCGCCAAGGUUAUCAACUUUUAUCUAUGCAAGAAAAUGCUCAAGUACACUGAAAUUAUCAAGAAUCUCAGCCCUAGGAUCGACGGGGAGAUUCUCAAUGCGAAGAGAAGAAUGACGUUGGAGACCCCGAACAGUGUCAGACAUGGCCUCCUUGCCAAAGUCGCCGACCAAAUGGCCCUCGCACGACAGAAGCCAAAUUUCACGGAAUUCUGCUCCAUAAGCCGGGAGAAUCAUGUCAACGAAUUACUCGAGAUGCUAGAGCCGUUGGUUACUACUAUGGAAGACAACAACAGCAUGCGCGAAUUGCUCAAGAAUAUCAUCGUGGACGCCCAGAAGAUAGGAAUCGACCUUUUCUCUUGCCCCUAUGAUGCUCGAUUCCAUUUUCCUGAAUUAAACGAGUCAUAUGAUCCAAUGGUCAUGGUGAAUCUCGACCCAACGCUGCACGCCAAUCUUGUUCGUGCCAGGGUUGGCUUGUCGGUCACGCCGUACAUACGACUUGGUUUGAUUAAUUCUGAGCCAGCGCGAAUUCGGAUUGUCUGCGGUGCUAAAGUCUUCACAAGGGUUCCUGGUGAAGAUGCAAAUGCAAAUCACACUCCCGGACGACCCUCUUGA